CUGAUCAUGUUGUCCACCCACUGGAUGGAGGAGGCGGACGUGCUAGGUGAUCGUAUCGCCAUAAUGUCACAGGGUCGCGUCAUUUGUUGCGGCACCUCGGUGUUUUUGAAGCGAGCAUAUGCUGGCGGUUAUCAUCUCAGGAUUGCCAAGUCUGACGAGUUUCGGACGGAAACUUUCCGCCCGUUUAUCGAUCGAUUCCUGCCUAAUGUGACGCUAGAGAACGAGACGGCCAAUGAGAUUAGGUUUGGCAUUAAUAGCGAUGAUACCCAGGCGUUGCCCGCCUUUUUCGAUGAACUCGAUAAAAAUAAACAGGCGUUAGGGGUGUUCUCCUGCGGUGUUAAUGUCUCCUCAAUGGAUGAUGUUUUCCUGAAGGUGAUCGACAACGAGGCCAACAAAAAGCAUAUGGCGCCGCGAAAGUCUGUCCAAUUAGAGAACGGCAUACACUUAAACAACAACAAUAACGUGUCCAACAAUAACGGCCACGAAUUCAAGAAGUACUCGGAAACACAGUCGGCGAAAGUACAGUCACGUCGCGAACUAACUCUACUUAAACUCCGGGCACUAAUCGCCAAACGGGUGCACGACAUGAAACGCUCCACGCGUACAGUCGUGCCCAUCAUGUCUAUAGCCAUUGGUUGCGUGUUUGCCGUACUCGGCCUCAUUGAAACCACUGUCAACUCGACUAAUAAGACACCGAACUGGCGACUGGACCUCAACACCCGAGCAGCCGGCUAUUCGCCCGAACUGUACGGCUUUUACUACCAGUUGGAACAGUUGCCCGAGUCGUACGGCCAGUACUAUAAACCCGAAGCGGCCGCGGAGGGCGUCCAGGCGUACGAGUUUAAAGGUGGCGAUCCUACCGAGAAGUUGCUCAACGACUCGGUCAAAGAUUUGAAUAUUUAUCGAGAGAGGUGGCUCGUGGGCGCAUCGCUGGAAAAGUACCGUAAUCGUAAUGUGUACGUGGCCUGGUACAACGGCGAGGCGCACCACAGUUUGCCCAUCAGUGUUAAUAUAUUGUACAACGCGUUGCUCAAGAAAUUGGUGGCCGAGUCUAAUAGCACCCUGGUGGCGCCCGGCGAGGUGGCCAUCAGGCUCAAUCAGGAAACGUUUGAACAUUUUAACCCGCACUCGGCUUUCCUGCCCUUCUUUGGUCGCGUCUAUAAUAGUAUUUUUAUACCGUUUUCCGUCUCAUUCAUCGCCGCAUUCUAUGUGCUGUUCCCGACCCACGAACGGGUCUCAAAGGCAAAACUACUGCAACUGAUGACCGGCCUAAGCAUACGACUGUACUGGUUGUCAAACUUUAUAUUCGAUUACACCGUGUAUUUACUAUAUUUUUCGACCAUGUUUAUUGUGUUUUUCAUUUGGGACCGUGCCUUCCAAUACGGCCUAUACUUCUCUACCAUAUCAUCAACUGGUAAAUCUGAGGAGGAAUUUCCUGAUGACCCGAAGAUACCUGUCUCCAUAAUCAGCCGAUUCUUUCCGGGCACCGGCAAACUAAACACCCUACAGUUGACCAUCGAGUACUGUACCGUGUUGGGCUUUGUGGUCAUGGUAGUACUAUUGAUCAAGGGUAUCGUGGACGAAAAACAAAACCGUGCGCGCGAAAUGCUCCGGCUCAUGGGUAUGUCCGACUGGGUGUACUACGGCUCCCAAUUUGCCAACACGUUCAGCAUAAUGGCCGUACAGUCGGCCCUAUUGACCGCCAUGUUUUGUUUGACACCAAACGCCCAGCUCAAGGGUGCCAAUCCGACCCUGGUGUUUUCAAUCAUGUUGUCCUACAGCGCCGCAGCCAUACUGUACGGUAUGGCUCUGUCGGUGUUUUUUCGUAAGCCUACAAACGCUAUGAUCAUUGGUUUCAUCGUAUGGCUGAGCGCUCAAGAGAUCGCCGGCAUGUUGUUUGAGAAGAGGGCCGGACUCACAGAAACAUCCGGGUUAAUUAAAUCACCCGAAUGGUUUCACCUGAUACUAUGUGCCCUAAUACCCAACUAUGGCCUGAAGGUAGUCAAUGAACUGCUGGUCGAGUGCGAAGUGUACGCCGCUUACGGUAGUUUUGUCGACCAAUACCGUGUGUACGCCGCCGACUGGCCUAACCUCACAAACAUACUGCCCCUGUAUCAGUACCUGUCGGUCCUAUCGGUCACCUGCGCUAUGCUAUCGUCGACACUGAUCUACGGCUUUAUCAUAUGGUAUUUCGAUGUGUUCCGCGUGUAUAACACCCGGUCUAACGUCCGGUGCCAUACGCUCGACGGCUUCGACAACGAGGCCUACAAUGACGAGAAAAAGGCCGGCAAUAGCCCCUACUUCGAGACCGACCCCCAGUCCCUGCGGGUCGGUAUAGUGGCCGACGAGUUGCGCAAAGAGUUUGCCGAGAAAGUGGCCGUCAAAAAUGUGACCCUAAAAAUCUAUCACGGUCAAAUCACUGUAUUACUCGGCCAUAACGGCGCCGGUAAGACCACGUUCGCCUCGAUGCUAACGGGACUGUACGCCCCGACCAGUGGGAAACUAGUGGUCGACGGCAUAGAUGCUAUUCGUAACCCGGAAGAGGCCCGCAAACGUAUGGGUCUGUGUCCGCAGCACGACGUGCUCUACGACGAGCUCACCUGCGAAGAGCAUCUGCGCCUGUUUGCCACUAUUAAGGGCUGUCCGGCACCGCGUGUGGCUAGUGAGAUCACAUCCGUAUUGGAUCAGUUGGGCCUGUCGUUUAAGCGCCGGGUGCUGUCCAGCGAUCUAUCGGGCGGUAUGAAACGGCGCCUAUCGCUGGGAAUGGCCAUGAUCAAUCAGACCAAGAUACUAAUACUGGACGAGCCGACCAGCGGACUGGACCCGGAGGCCCGUCGGGGUGUAUGGGAUUUCCUGCUGUCCAUACGUAAGGAGCGGCUGAUCAUGUUGUCCACCCACUGGAUGGAGGAGGCGGACGUGCUAGGUGAUCGUAUCGCCAUAAUGUCACAGGGUCGCGUCAUUUGUUGCGGCACCUCGGUGUUUUUGAAGCGAGCAUAUGCUGGCGAUCAUUAUUUAUAUACAGUAUAUUAA